AUGUCACCACCAGAACCACCACCGCUUUCAUCAUCGUCGAAAGAAGAAGAACAAGAGGAGGAAGAAGAAAGAAACGACGACGAGUACGAGAAUAAUAAUAAUAAUAAUAAUAACAACAACACCAACAACGAUACGAAUAGAAGAAAUCCUCUUCUCGGCGUGAACGACGACUCGUUCGAUUUCGAGCAGUGGUUACUCUACGAGUCCAAUGCUACCCCGAACGCCUCUUUUAUAGGAAACAGAAGACAGAGGAAACGAAAAGACAUCGAACGGGCGAUCGUGCUGAUGGAAUCUCGCACGAGGAAGAAUUUGAAAGAGUUAUCGGACACGCAAGAGUCGUUGGAGAAGUUCAAAGGGAAGAAACCAGAGAUUGUGUUGAAGUUCUUGCGCGAAUUGACGAGAUCUCUUGUUCGUUCCAAGUCCAAGUCAAACACCACCAAAAACGAGAAGAAAAAAAUCAAUGGACGCGACGAGGAGGAGGAUGAAAACGAGGACGAGGAAGACGCGAGGAGAGAUUGGUUCGACCAAAAAACGGUGAACGUUUUGGACGAACGGAUGAUGGCAAAAGUAGUCAACGAAAACGUGAUGGCGUUUCAAAGCGUGCGCAGAAAAGUAGAAAGAGAAACGUUCGCAGAAGAGAAGAGAGCGUGGAUGGAGAAGAGGAGGAAAGAGAGGGAGAAAGAGCACAUUGCAAAGAGGAAGAAAGGCAAAGUGAACAACGUGACGUACGCGAGUAGAUUAGAAGCAGCAAGAAUAGGAAGAAUCGAUGACUCGUUUUGGAAGGUGAAAACGAAAGAAGAAGACAAAAACAAUCAACAGCGCCCGAAAGCGGUGGCAAAUAAACAAAAACAGAAGGCCGCAAAUGCGACGAAGGCAAAAGAUGCGGAGGAACAGGACACUAUUGCGUGGGAGUCGGAAGAAGUGGCAGAUGGAGUUCAAGCGCUGAGAGAGUACAUCAAAGAACUUGGUGGAAGCGGCAACUUGAUACAAGCAAAAGAUUGGGUGAUAAAGAAAUGGACAAGGAUAUGCCGACUAAAGUCUGGCAAAAGUGCGGCAGCUUACAAGACGUAUCAUCGUUCUGACGGCUCGUCAUAUCGGUCGAAGAAAGACGUCGCGCGGGCACUUGGCUUGGUAGUACAAUAA